GCAUCUAUAGUCUCGUAUUUCUAUGUCCUCCCCAGCGCGUUUCUAUGACGUACAAAAAGAAAGAAACAGGCUAACUGGGGCCUGUAGCCGCUUUUGCGGUUUCUACAGGUACUCUACCGUUAGUUUUUAGGAGCACAAAAGGUUGACAUUUAACACCAUUUAUCAAUCCAAGGCGCAUCUUAUUAUUCGCAGUGAGGAGUAUUCAUUAAAUAGCUGACACAGUAGUCGCUGUAAUUAUGGCUUUCCCCCUGCUUUCAAAAUCUCUAACUGGGCUCCUUGUAGAGUCAUCGUCUAUAAUUCAUCGGAGGACCUUUAGUGUAUCUGCUGUUGCAGCAGCCAUUCAAAAGAUGACAAGAGUGCGUGUAGUGGACAACAGCUCUCUUGGAAAUACACCAUAUCACCGACCCCCAAGAGUGAUCCAUGUCUACACCAAGAAUGGUGUAGGAAAAGUUGGUGACAAAGUGUUGCUUGCCAUUAAAGGACAGAAGAAGAAAGCGCUCAUCGUUGGACACAAGAUGCCUGGAGAACGCAUGAGUCCGCGCUUUGAUUCAAACAAUGUUGUUCUGAUUGAGGACAAUGGAAACCCUACAGGAACAAGGAUUAAGGUUCCUAUACCCACACAUCUACGUAAAGUAGAGGGAGAUUACGCCAAAGUCCUAGCAAUUGCUAGUUCAUUUGUUUAAUAACAGCAUUCUGUACUGUGAUUUGAGAUAUACUGUAUAUUGUACAUCUGCUUGACUUGGGAUAUAUGAACAUUUUAUACUUGUAUGUUCUUGUCUUCAGUAAACUUUAAAAAGGAACAUACACCCAGUCACAAUUAUUGUCUCUAUACAGAAUCCUGUUAAUGUAUGUAAUAGACACAAACCUUUGUCAACAUGUUUGGCAUUUUACAGAGGCCUCUCUGUGCUUACAAUAAAUAUAACUUUUAGCUUUAAGGCAUAGCAUAGGAGCUUCUUGGGCAGUUUGAGCAGCCAAAUGUGGGUCAAACUCAUGUUAUUAUGAACACAAUAAACAAAACAUGAACUGUUAAGGAAAUAUUUAUUGAAGGCACAACAUACACAUUCACAACACAAAACACAUGACUGGCAUAUUUUAAUAGCUAUUUAUAACAUCAUGGUGUCAUGUAUAAGGCAUUUAAUAUUGUGAUCCCUGUAAAUGUUACUUGAAUGGACUGAAAUACAGCAUUUCUCCCUAA